AAAACGCAAAGAUGAUUUUAGGAUUUGCAAAAUAAAAUCAAGUCCCUUAGGGAAUUAAAAGGAAAUUUGUGACAGAACUUGAAGAUGAAAAACGGCUCACAGAUCUAGCAUUUUUGGUGGAUUUGAAUGUUCAUUUAAACCAUUUAAAGUUGCAUCUCUGCAAGACGAAAAAUCAACUUAUCUGUGCUAGGUUUCAAACAAUUACAGAAUUAAAAAUCCCAUUUAAAUUAUGGCAAUCUUUAGUUACGGCAAAUUAUUUUAUGCACAUCAAUAGACUGGAUAAACAUGGUCUCACAAGAACAAUGUCAAAUAUCCCAUUAUUUUUAUGGGAUAAUUGCUUUUUCUUUUUUUUUCUUUUUUUUUAGUGUUUUAGUAAAAAAUAUUUAAAAAUAAAAUAAGUUUUGUUAUUUAUAUUCAGUAACUAUAUAAUAUAUGAAGACUGCUCUGAAAGUAACGCCUCCUAUUUUAUUAUGUUGACUUGUGAUGUCAGAGGCAGAUGUUGGUGGCAUGGCAGUAGAGGUUGCAUCUUCCCCCAGUAUUCCAUUACUCAUGUGACUGAUGGUAGCAGAGGGGAAGUUUGACAGAAUGGCUUCUGACAUGGAAAUGAGUAUGAAGCAAAACUGCAUAACUGAAUUUCUCCACAUGGAAAAAAUGGCACUCAUUGACAUUUACCAAUGCUUGCUGAGCAUUUAUGGAGACCAGGCAGUCUCCAUAAACAGGAAGUUAGCACACUGAGGUGGUGGGUGGUAUGUUUCAGCAGUGAUGACAGCAACAUGAAAGACAAGCCAUGUUCCAGUAGCCACGCACUGCUGUCACCCCACAAAAUGAAGGUCAGUUCAUCCACAUGCACCAGUGGAUUAUGACUAAGGAACUGUGUUUGUACCUGAAUAUCAGCUUCAAUGUAUUAGAAAUUAUGUGGUAAUGUUGGAACACUGCAAGUUUAUAGGAGGCGAGUCCCACAGAUUUUCACACAAGAACAAAAAGAAGAGUCUGCAAGUUUGUCAGGAACUACUAUAUCAGUAUGGCCACUAAGGUGAAGGACAACAAUAAAUACUUCUAUAAACACAUUAACAAUAAGAAGAGGGCUAGGGAGGAUCUCCAUCCCUUGUUGGACGCAGAGGAGAACACGGUGACCAAGGACCAGGGUAAGGCUGAGGUACUUAAUGCCUUCUUUGCCUCAGUCUUCAAUACUAAGACUAGCUGUUCCCUGGGUACAUAGCCCCUUGUGCUGGACGAGAGCAAUGGGGAACAGAAUAGGCCCUGCAUAAUCCAUGAGGAAAUGGUUUUGGACCUGCUCUGAAAGCUGAACACUCACGAGUCCAUGGGGCCAGACGGAUUGCACCCUAGAGUCUGAGGGAGUUGGCGGAUGUUGUUGCCAAGCCACUCUCCAUCAUCCUUCAAUAAUCCUGGCUAACUGGGGAUGUCCUGGGGACUGGAGACUGGCAGAUGUGACACCCAUCUUCAAAAAGCUCUGGAAAGAUGAUCCUGGUAGCUACAGACAGGAGCCAUCACAAUUAAAGGUCAGUCAGGGGAUCCAUCCCAGUCAGCACAGGUUCACAAAUCAUGGGUUCAUGAUCCUGCUCAACAAACCUGAUUUCAUUCUAUGACAAGGUGACCUGCUUAAUGGAUGAAGGUAAGGCUGCCAGUGUAGUCUACCUGGACUUCAGUAAAGCCUUUGACACUAUCCCCCACAACAUCCUCGUGGAGAAGCUGGCUGCCCAUGGUUUGGAUGGGCAUACACUCCAAUGGGUGAAACGCUGGCUGGACAGCCGGGCCCAAAGAACUGUGGUCAACAGAGUUCAAUCCAGUUGGCAGCCAAUCACAUGUGGUGACCCCCAGGGCUCAGUACUGGAGCCACUCCAAUUGAACAUCUUUAUUAUUGAUUUUGAUGAGGGGAUUGAGUGCACCCUCAGUAAGUUUGCAGACAACACCAAGUUGGGAGGGAGUGUUGGUCUGCCAGAGGGGAGAAAGGCACUACAGAGGGACCUGAAUAGACUGGAUCAAUGGGCCAAGGUUAACUGCAUGAGCUUCAAUAGGACCAAGUGUCAGGUACUGCAUUUUGGUCACAGCAAGCCCAGGCUUGGGAAGGACUGGUUGGAAAGCUGCUUGAUGGAAAAGGACCUUGGUAUACUGAUGGACAGUCGGCUGAAUAUGAGCCAGCAGUGUGCCCAAGUGGCCAAGAAGGCCAAUGGCAUCCUGGCUUGUAUCAGAAAUGGUGUGGUGAGCAGGACUAGGGAAGUAAUCCUGCCCCUGUACUCAGCACUGGUGAGGCCUCACCUCGAGUACUGUGUUCAGUUUUGGGUUCCUCAGUACAGAAAGGACAUGGAGGUGCUGGAACAGGUCCAAAGAAGGGCAAGAAGGCUUGUGAAGGGCUUGGAGAAUAUGCCCUGUGAGGAGCAACUGAAGGAACUGGGGCUGUUUAGUCUAGGGAAAGAGGAGGCUGAGGGGAGACCUUAUUGCUCGCUUUCAAUAUCUGAAAGGUGCUUACAGGGAGAGUGGGGUUGGUCUCUUCUCACUGGUGACAGGUGACAGGACGAGGGGAAAUGGCCUCAAGUUGCACCAGGGUAAGUUCAGGUUGGAUAUUAGGAAAUACUUCUUUACUUAACACUCUUUGUUAGCACUGGAAUUGGCUCCGCAGGGAGGUGUCUGAAUCACCAUCCCUGGAUGUGUUUAAAAACCGUCUGGAUGUGGUGCUCAGGGACAUAAUCUAGCAGAGGGUUGUUAGACUUAGGGUAGUAUGGUUAGGUUGUGGUUGGACUUGAUGACCUUUAAGGUCUUUUCCAACCUGAGUGAUUCUAUGAUUCUAUGAAUGACAUCCAGUCCUUAUGCAUAUCAAAUCACCUGAAAGGUGAUUACAGAGAGAGUGGGAUUGGUCUCUUCUCACUGGUGACAGGACAAGGCAAAAUGACCUCAAGUUGCACGAGGUGAGGUUUAGGUUGGAUAUCAGGAAAAUCUUUACAGAAGGGGUUGUUAGGCACUGGAAUAGGCUCCCCAGGCAGGUAGUUGAGUCACCAUCCCUGGAUGUGUAAAAACUGCUUGAAUGUGGCACACAGAGACAUGAUUUAGCUGUGGGUUGUUAGAGUUAGGGUAGUACAGUUACGUUGAGUUUGGACUUCAUGACCUUUAAGGUCUUUUCCAACCUGAGCAAUUCUAUGUUUCUAUUCCAUGAAUAUGAGGCUGAAAGUGACAGUUUCCUUAUCACACCAUUACCAGUGAAGAGACGUGGUGUCACCACUACAAGCUGGAAUCAAAAGCCCAAGAUGUAACCCUCAGUGAUGUUUGCUGUCUUUUGGGAUAGGAAAGGAUGAUCCUUCUGAACCUCCUGGAACCCAGACAAAUCAUCAACUGACUACUCUACAUUGCAACACAGACUAAGUUGAAGGCUUGAACCUCCAGAGACAAACUAGCAAAAAAGAGAAUCUUCCUCUUGCAACACAAUAAUGUCAGGUUCCAUAUCAGUUUGAAGACGAAGGAGCACAUUACUAAUCUUGGCUGCACUGCCCUACCACACCCACCAAAUAGUCCUCAUUUGGUGCUUUUUGACUUCUAUCUGUUUGGGAUGAUGAAAGACUGAUGUGGGCAACAUUUUUCUAGCAACAACACUAUCAUAGCAGCUAUGAAACAGUGGGUCACUUCUGCUGGUACAGAUUUUUACAAGUGCAGCAUGCAAGCUGUUGUUCACCACUGGCCAAAGUGCACAGCUAAAGACGCUGACUAUGUCGAAAAACAAUGUUUCACAGCUGGGAAUGUGCUAUAUCAAGUAAUACUAUAGGGCUUCUUGUAUCAGUUGUAGUUUCCAUGGAAACAAAUAGGAGGCAUUACUUUCAGAGUGACCUACACAUUUUACAUGUGGCCCAAGACAAUUCCUCUUCACUCAGUACAGCCCAGGCAAGCUAGAAGGAUUUCCUGACAAAUUCAUCCACAAAGACAUAACUGAAUAUAGUGGAAGAACUGGUGUCUGAUCUCUUCUCAAUACAAAUCACUUCUUCUUUGAAUGGUAGCACUCCAUUAUGAGUUACAAGCACCAUCUUCCCAGCAAAUGUGGCUACAUUCUAUCAACUUAGUAUUUACCAUUCACUCAGGAUUCACUGUGGAUUUGUCCUACCAAACAAGCAUUCUUGAAUCUGUCUUCUGUCUGAAAUUCUUCUGAAAAAUGCAUGCCAUAUCCUCCAGCAUUCACUAAACACUCUGUGUCCCUUUGAAACUUGGCUCUAACUGCAAUAUGUCACUACCAGUGCUGAAAUGUUCAUUUACCAAUCACUCAUCUAGGGAACUGCAAGUUUCUAUGACAAAAGUCUCAGCUGAUCCAACUUCAUUUUAUUCAGGAGACCAAGGGACAUAAAAUCACCACUUCUCUUUUGCAAUAUUAAUUUUUAAUUCCUCGUUAAGCAAGUUAUUCUGUCAUUCACUUGAUUUUCUCCUUUUUUUUUUUUUUCUUUCUUUUUUUUUUUUAACAGAAGAUUUAGACUGAAAGACUGAAGUUAGAGCACAGGAGUUUAUAUAUACAAGAAAACGUAGGACAAGGAUUCAAGAAAACUCUAGCCUAUGGUAGUAAGCAUUAAAACAACAUGUGCAGAUACACAGUGGAUGCUCCAUGGUUUGAAGUACAUUUUGUCUUAUUUAUACACCAGAUGAAGAUCUGAAAGUAUGUUUUACCUGAAGAAAUCUCUCUCAUACAUCUACAGCAGAAAGAGUUGAAAAAGCUUCAUCAAGGAAAAUAAAUUUUAAAAAAGGAUGAAAUGAAAGAAAAUUCUUAUGUAUCAAAGAGAAGAAAUACAAUUUACUUUCUUGAUCUGCAGGAAGUUCUCUUAAAAAUAAAAGGCACAAAGUCAUAUGGAAGGACAUAUAGAAAAGAAACAGUGAGUGAAAGAAAAGUACACCAGUAAGCAAAGUACAGAGUUAAUCACCCUGAGUAGAUAUUUUGCUUAUAUUUCAGCAAGGAAAAUGCUGAGGAAAGUAUUACUAGCAAAACAAAUAAAUAAAUAAAAGAUCACAGUUUCACGGAAAAAAAAAAAAAAAAAAAAAGAGUGAAAGAAAGUUUUAGCAGAAGUAGAUACUGAUGUGCUAAAUCCAGUGUCAGCUAGUUGAACUGGACAAAGCAAAAACAACAACUCUCAUCAUACAGUCUAGGGUAGCAAAGGCCUAAGAUACUAUGUAAAGACUGAAAUCCUGGAAAUAGCAAUUAUAUGAUGAAAGGAUUUGGCUUCCUGAAAAAGAGUUCCUUCAGCAGCUGACAGAGAUACAAAAACUGGCAGGAUUUCCUUUUUGUGAAGAUUCUUAACAAUCUCUACCAAACUCACUGAGAAAGUCUAUGUAAAACAAUGGAGGCCUAUAAGGGCAGCAUGGCUAGAUCCCACACUUCAGCAAAUAAUGAUUCACUCGUACACAACAGCAUAGGGCACAGAAAUAAAGAAAAGAAGCUGUGGAUGUCCCCUCCCUGGACACAGGCUGGAUGCAACUUUGAGCAACAUGGUCUAAUGGGAGGUGUCCCUGCCUAUAGCCGGAGGUCAGAACUAGAUGAUCUUAAUGAUCUGUUCCAAUUCAAACCAUUCUAUGAUUCUACACAUAUACUACUAAAGUCCUCAUAUUUCUUCCUAUCCCCUGAUAAUUAUCUUGCAUAUCCCUUGGGGUGAAUACACCUGUAGGGGAACUGUUAGGUCAUGGCUUGAACUGGUGAUCAAGCACCUGGUGAAGGGGUGUGUCUGACCUAGGGAUCACAGGCAAACUGUUUGCACCUGUGCACCCCCCAGGUGACCAGAAGGGAUGAUCCUAGGGUGGAGCCACCCUGUACUCAUGUAAGGGCCAGCCACUGAAAAGAAAGAAUUUUUUGUACCUAAGCUAUUUCCUGAGAAGGUGUGUUGUAGAGCCACAGAUCUCCUUCACCAGUUGGUUUAUAUGGUUGGAACAGUGGCUGUGUAGUGAAAAUGUUAAGCCAUGACUUGAACCAGUGAUUGAGCACCUGGUAGGAAGGCAGAGCCAACCCAGGAGAGCUCAGGUACGUGAGUAUCUGAGUAACCAGAAGAGGUGGAGCCAGGAUCUACCCCUUUCUAGACCUCAUUUAAGGAUUGACAGCAGAGGCAAGGGUAUCUCAUCUGGAGAUCUUUUUCUACCUGAGGACCUUAUAGGCCUUCUAAAGUUUGUUACCAACAUAAAAGUAUACAACAUGGAAGUACUUCCUUGUCCUGCAAUUACACAAGUGAGCUCAGGAAGCUCAUGAAGCAUACUGCACUGCAGAUAGACCUCUCUGACUGAACUGCCAAAGCGGUUUGUUUUUGUUUUCUUUUUUUUUUAAACCCCUGCCUUCCCCCCACUUUACAUACACAGAGCAGGCUGCAUUUCACUCUGUUCUGCACAGUGAUGAGAACUUGGCCAGGAAAACACAGAAGCCCUGGAAAGUGAGUUUUCUAAUUGAGGAAAGCAAAAAAGAAAGUAGGAGAGCAGGAAACCAAGAACAUACCUAUGGAGGCCAUCAUGAUAGAAAUUCUCUCGUGAAGCACGGGCUGUGCAAAAACUUUAUUCAGAAUGGAGGAAAAAAAAAGAGCUUCCUCUUGUUGAGCUGAUUGCACUGCAUUCUUUCUGCAGCUCAGAAGAGCACAGCAGCCAGGCGCGCUACUCCACCACAGGGAGGCUUGUGAAAAGCCAUUCUUCACAUUGAAAUACCAAUCGCUCUACCCAGUGUGUUAAAACUUCAUGACAAAGAGGAUUCCAGUGUCUGCACUGAAAGAAAGCCAGACUGUCUCUGAACGAAGUCAGUCAUUUGAAGACAGACAGAGUUCGCUCCAUCCAGACAGAAAAUAAUAUACCGACAGUUUGGGCUAGCGCUGCUGCUCACUGUUCCAGCCGGACUGCCCACUCGGUCUAUUUGUGUUCUGGUAACUCCACCUCAUUUGAAUUAGACUUUUUUUUUUUUUUUAAAUCUCUCUUUCCCCUCCCCCAGGCUCCUGCUCACAGUUUUCUUUAGCACACAGUACUGCUCCUGAAACACUUCCCAAUUCAUUUGUCAGUCAGCAUACAAUGCUCACAGCUCUUUUCUUCACUGACUCUCAGCACACAAAGCAUACGGGGUUUGUUUGUUCAUUUAUUAUUAAGCAGAAACCCAAUUCUCUGUACCACUUGAUUUGACCUCUCAGAUUUAUUUCUUUCAGAGAGAUACACAACUUGAAACUGUGAAUCUAAAUGAUUUUUAAUGUGGACUACGUUUCAGCUGCUGUAUAACGCCAAAUUAGCUCAAUGCUGAUAAAUUUAGUAUCCAAGUUCUGAAUAAAGUCUGACUCACUUCCCAAUCCUUCUUUGACAAAAUACCACAUGUAACCCUACGGUAUUGUAUUCAACAUUACCCCCAACAUUGUUCAGAGUAGGUUUUAUUUGCAGGUGAGGAAAAUGAGGGGAAACACUGCAGUGCCAUGAUGGGCAGCACACUUCCUGUUCAGAUUGUCUCAGGGCACCAGAUUUUCUGAAAGGAUGAGUACAGGAAAUGACUUGAUAUGAACAAAAAACAGGACAAUUUAAAGCUUUCCUGUAACUAAUUACUCAAUUGCUUUCAAAUUUUCAAAAGCGAAGUACUUGCAACAUGCACGCUACGCCAUUUUGAUAACUUUGAAAUAUACACGUUGGCUUGAUUACAGGGGCAAAUACUAGCAAAUUAGAUAUAAUUUUGCUUCCUGUCACUGACCAAAAGGUACACUUAAACUAUUUGUCCUAAGAAUAUUUACUCCUACCAGCUAUUUCUAUUAAACAAUUUCAUAACGGUAACACCCAGGACACACAAAUAGGGAGGGCAGAUUGUGACAGACACCAGACUAAUCAGGGAAAAAAUGAGGGACAAUCUCUGUCACAGAGGCAGAACAGAGUAUUAAUGUAGCAACCCGCAAGUGCUAAUAAUUACUUUGAGUAAUUUAUUACACAAUUACACUUUGUUUUUCAUGGUUCCCGGAAGAGACAAAUGUGGAUGAAUGCACUCUUCAAACUCCUGUAAACAAUGACUAUUAGCAAAAAUUGCUUUCAGUAGAAAGCACUCAAGGAUGCAUAAAGAAUAUUAUAUUCACAAGCAACAUUUGAAUGUCCAAUUUCCCUUCUGAUUUGCAAGUCUUAGAUGCUUAUUAUUGUUUGGCUAUUUAACAUUUGCUGAAAUAGAACAGAACACUAACAGGAAGAUAAGAAUUGUCAGAGACAACAUGUUGGUGAAAAAACAUUCAUUUCCAAAGCUGUGUACAAUUGUAAUAUAUAUAUAUAUAUAUAUAGAAAAAAAAAAAGAAUUGCAAUAUAUAUACAUAUAUAUGUAUAUAUGCAAUAUAGACGCAAUAUAUGCAAAAAAAAAAUAGACUUGUGAGUACAUUUGGGGCAGUAAGAACUGGGGAACGGCUGAGGGAAGAAAGAAGUAAAGCUUUAAAUAACACAAGUUAUUUUUCUUCUGUGGUCAGAUGAGAUAUUUCAGGAAUAAAUUUUUAAAAGGCAGAAAAAUAUGUUUCUCUCUUUUGAAAAGAUCAUAAAUAAGUGUCACCUUAACUCACAAGCAUUUAAUUACAGACUAGAAUAGAAUGGUUAACUUAGAAAGGAUCAUCAAGUCCAACUUCCUGACCACCACAGGGCUAACCCAAAGUUAAAGCAUACUAUUAAGACCAGAAUCCAAAUACCUCUUCAACGCUGACAGGAGCAUCAACCACCUUGCCUGAAAGCCUGUUCCAGUGUUUGACCACCCUCACAAUAAGUAAGUGCUUUCUAAUAUCUAGUAUGAACCUCUACAGUUUUGUGCCAUUCCACAGGUCCUUGGUUACCAGGCUGAAGAGAUCAUUCCCCCUCCUCAGAGAGGGACAGAGAGCAACAAGGUCGCCUCUCACCCUCCUUUUCUCCGGACAACCCAAGUGUCCUCAGCUUCUUCUUACAGGGCAUGCUUUUCAUCACUGUUACCAGCUUUACUGUCCUCUUCUGGAUGCUUUCAAAGGACUUAACUUAUUUUUUGAAUAUUGUAUACAAAAUUCAAGGUGAGGCAGCACAAAUGCUAAAUACAACAGGAGAAUCAUGUCCUUUGGCUUGCUAUGCUCUGUUUAAUGCACACCAAGAUGCAGUUUAUCCCCUUGGCUUCCAGGGCACACUGCUGGCUCAUGUUGAGCCUGCUGUCACCAGCACCACCAGUCCCUUUCUGUUGAGAUGCUCUCCAAUCACACAUCUCCCGCAUCUGACGUUACCUCAUCCCAGGUGAAGAACUUGUCAUUUUACUUUGAUGAACUUUAUGCCAUUGAUGAUUGCUCAAUGAUCCAAUUUAUCUAGAUCCUCUCUCUGCAAGGCUUCUUGUCUCUCCAGUGAAUUAAAAGUACCUCCCAGUUUAAUGUCACCAGUAGGCUUGCUGAGGAUACAUUCCAAUCCUGUACUCAUAUCAUUGAUAAAAAUGUUGAACGGGGCUGACACUAGAACUGAGCACUGGGGAAAACCUCUAGUGACUGCCUGACAGCAGUGAACAGGGAUAUCUACAGCUAGAUCAGAUUGCUGAGAUCCUGGUACAGCCUGAACUUGAGUAUCAUAGAAUCACAGAAUUAUCAAGAUUGGAAAAGACUUACAAGAUCAUCCAGUUCAACCAUCCACCCAUCACCAAUAGUUCUCACUAGAGCAUGUCCCUCAACACAAUGUCCAAAUGGUCCUUCAACACCUUCAGGGGUGGUGACUCCACUACCUUCCUGGGCAGCCCAUUCCAGUGCCUGACCACUCUUUCAGAAAAGUAGUAUUUCCUAAUGUCCGAAUAGUAUCCUGGAGUAUCUUCAGGAAUGAGGCAUUCACCGCCUCUCUGGGCAAGCUGUUCCAGUGCUUCACUAACUGUACUGUAAGAAUCUAUUUCCUUGUAUACAUACUACAUCUCCUGCUUUUAGUUCAGUUCUCUACUUUCACCCCAGCACUACAGUCACAGGACUCAUUUCACCAAGUCUCACUAACACCAAUGAUAUCCUAACUCUAUGAAAGGACCAAGUCUCCCAGUUCAUCUCAUUUGUUCCUCAUACUGUAUGCACUGGUAGACAAGCAUUUCAGAUGUGCUUCUAAAACUUCAGUGCUCCUUGGAGAGGCAUAGAUGCUCCCAUUAGCCUUGCCAUCCUCUGACGGUUCUGUACCUUCCCUUGGCUUACUCCCAGUGUUCCUAACGGUAUCCCAUUCCUACACUGAUCCUAGUUUAAAGCUCUCUCAAUCUUGCCAGCUAACUAGCCCCCAUUGAGACAGGCGGAUCCUGUCAGUCUCUAGCAGACCUUGUGUCCCAGCAAGAUAUCUUUCUUUGACAGGAAACGCUGGAGGAGGUGGCCCUCUGUCACGUAUUCAGCAAACCCUGGUACUCCCACAACCGAAAGAAAUGCGUGAGCCAAUCCCAAGUCAUACGCAUGUCAGAUUUUGUGAUAAAUAUCUGAAUAUGAAUGGCUUUAUGAAAUAACACACUUAACUGAAGCAGAGAAAAAUACAGAAUAAUUUACUUUUCCCCUUGUAUGAAC